UGACUCCAGAUGGAACUAUGUUCUAUUCAGCAUGUGCAACGGGAAUACUACCAUCGACAUGGAGAGGAAAAAGGGAAAACCCUCGGAAACACGAGGUCUGCGGGCCAACAACUCACCACUCAUGACUGCCAGGGCACAGCCAUCCAACAUGACGAGUUUAUCUUACUGUGCUAUCUUCAUAACUUUAGAAGUAGCCAAGCAAGUCGUAACGUACGCCACGAGACAUUAUAACAACGGCGUCUAUCCCAUAUCUUCCUCGGCUAUCGUGUGUUGUAUUGAGCUAGUCAAAUUGUUGAUGGUUUUGAUACCCGUCAUGUUUACCACUGGUCUGUCGUCGUUUCGGCCGUCCAUCGUGUUCGCAGUGCCCUCUAUCAUAUACUGCGCGAACAACAACCUGUACCUGGUCGCCCUGAACUACACCACCCCUCCGACCUGGAAUGUACUGAUCCAGUCUCGCGUGAUCAUGACGGCACUCACCUGUAGGAUCAUCUUCGGGAGACAGAUCUCGGUCGUCCGCUGGGUGGCGCUUCUGCUGCUCAUGCUGGGCAUCGCGCUUGCUCAGCUGGCCGGGCCGUCCUCGUCCCCAGCGUCCCAGGACAUCUACGUUCUUCCCCAAGCUCUCGGUCUCAGUCUAGUCAGCGCCGCCAUCUCCACAGCGGCCUCUAUCAUCACCGAGUACUUGUUCAAGAACGACAAGCGGCCGUUCAUGGAACAGCAGGUCCAGAUGUACGCCUUCGGCUUCCUCAUCGCCAGUAUCUGGUCCGCGGUCGCUACUAAGGGCGACGUCUUCAAGAUCAGCGGGGCGGAAUCUUUGAGGUCCGACAUAGUCUUCCUGCUAGUCGCAGCGAUUCUGCUAGGCGGCGCUGGCGGACUGGCUGUUGCAGCAAUCACCAGGUCGUUGGACAACAUCGUGAAGAUCUACUCGGCCUCCAUCUCCAUCCUGAUGACCGCCGCGGUCUGCAGCUUCCUGUUCCCGGAGAAGUUCAUCCUCAACACCGCCUUCGUCAUCGCCGUCCUGCUCAUCCUGGUGUCCUCCAUCCUGUACGACAGGCAGGACCUCAGCAACAUCCUCCCGGCAAACAUGCGCGUCCCCAGGUUCUUCCUCACCAAGAACUUUUUCGUUAUCGUCGCCGUGCUGACGAUGCUGGUUCCGGUAGGGUACUUCAUGGUAACGGCCUCGUCAACAGCAACUGAGGUUCACAAAAGAGGACUGGACACGAUGAUAGAGGAACCUUCGUACGCGAAUAAUACGGCGAUGGAAGGCAAGUACGCGAUGGAAGGCAAGAACGCGAACGGGGGACCCGCAAAAAUGCAUCCAGAUGCAGGAAAUGACAUCCCACUGUCUCAGAAUGACGGUGUUGCUCUGAAAGACACAGGCUCGGAAGGAGAAUUACAAAGACGGUUUGAUGAAAUCAAGGAAAGGAAAUUAAAGGUAGAACAAAGCUCGUCAAUGAAGAGGGAGAAGGAAGAAGAGUUUAGUGACAAAGAAGUCCAGAAACGGUCAAGAAGGAAAGAAGAUGUACUGAAAGAGGAGGACCGAGAAAAUAACCGAAGGGAUCACCCAAAGCCGAUUGUCAAAGUAGAAGAAAGGAUACAGGCACUUGAAAAAGAGCGGGCAGAGAGACUAGAGAAAAUAAUGCAUGGCGCUCCGGAGAAGAAACAAGUCAUGCACAAAAUGCACGGUCACGGCCAGGGAAUGAAAGUACACGGAGAAAAAGAAGACAACAUUGUCCACGGACAGGAAGGGCAAAAAGACGAGGAACCCUUCGAUAAAAGACAUGAGGACGACGGUGAAAACCUACCCGUCAAAAAUCGCCGGAAAAGUAUGAGGAAGAGUGAUCAACAACAGAACAGAGCCGGUGACAAGGCAAAGUUGGGAACAGAGGUGCCAAAAGUCGUACACUUUGUUUGGGACGGUGGCAGAGACUUUAGGUUUCACGACCUUCUCAGUGUUAAGAGCGCUUGCAAACAUCUUGAGCCAGAAGCAAUUGUCUUCCACGCCGUCAAAGCCCCCGAAGGAAAAUGGUGGAAAGAAGCAAACGACAUCCCAACAUUUCAGUUCAGUCAAAUAUCACUUGACGACAACAAUAAGAACGACGACGAUCAAGGUAUAGACGAAAGAAGACCCAAAAAGGACAGCUACCUUGAGGCAAAAGUAGACAUCCUUCUCAGAGAAGGUGGCAUCAUGUUGGACACAGAUACUUUCGUGCUCAAACCGUUCGAACAUCUUUUGCGUUACGACUGUGUGGUGAGCCGCGGGGCAACUGGACUGAACCUUGGCGUGCUCAUAGCAAAGAGAGGGGCACAAUUCCUAAAGAUGUGGCAGAAAAGUAUGGAAGAGGACGGCACCAGAGCGCCCGAGGCAGUGGUGGCACGGCAUCUGGACUUGGUACACGUAGAAGACAGCAGUUUAUACAGACCACAGUGGACGGACGGUUGGGAUCCUCUUAGCAUGUACUACAACAACGUUGACCUGGACUCCAACUACGCCAUCAAGCUAGAAUACGACAAGUACAAUCUAGAAGAGACGCCGGAGACCAUCACAAAACUGGACACGUCGUUUGACCACCUAGCGAGAAGCGUGUAUCUGACAACUCCCAAUGAUGUUGUCAAGAGUCAACGGUCACCAAUAUCGCCUAACAGGGAGGCCGUUGUCCCAAAUGAGGUGCAUUUUGUCUGGUUUGACGGGGCUAGUAGAGGCAGCAAGUUUGAGUUUAGGCAUUUUCUCAGCGUCAAGGCUGCAUGGGACUACGUAGGAGCGGGAAAAGUGUACUUCCACACCGACGCUAGCUUUGAUGGAGUGUGGUGGGACAGAGUCAUUGAGAGAGAAAACGUCAAAAUCGUCCCGGAAAACGCGUCAGACUCUCUCGAUGGCGUUCCUGUGACAAUUCCGGAUCACCAAGAACUCGCCACCGCGUUAGGGAUCCUACAGGGCAGAGGUGGCAUCUACCUCAACAUCGACGUCAUUGGACUAAAAUCGUUUGAACCUUUACGUCAUUAUGACGUCACCAUGGGUAGAAGCAUACACGGACUCAGUAACGCCGUGAUUUGCUCCAAGCCAGGUUCAGAGUUCCUCAGAUUGUGGACCGAAAGUUUUCGAAAGUUUGGCGAGGGAAAAUGGGACGUCUUCGCCUCGGAAGAGCCGUUUCGCCUCGCUAACGAAAACCCGCAUCUCCUUCGUAUCGAAGAGUACAGCCUUUUCCGUCCCGAACUCUCACAUUGGAGUGACCUGGACGCUCUCUACACCCAAAAUGUGUCUUUGGAAAACAACUUUGCCAUUCAGCUUUUCUACGACAAGUUGGGAAAGCAAAUCGACCAGUACGACAUUCUCGGCAUGAAAUCCACCUUCGGAUGGAUGGCGCGAAAACUGUUCUACAGGUUGAAUGAGCCGGUGCUGAGAGGAGAGGAGCCCCUCCCACAUGCUCAUUACGUCGUCCCAAACAUCUUUCACUAUAUCUGGUUCACCUGCCAUGACUUCCGCUUCCACCACCUCCUGAGUGUGAAGAGUAUGUACCUCCGUGCGAAGGCCGAUCGUAUCAUCAUCUGGACGGACUGCACGCCGAGCGGGCACAACUGGGACGAGGCCGUCCGGGACAUCCCGGUGUUGGAGGUACGGCAGAGGGGACAGCCUAGCGACAUCUGGGGGAACGUCAUCAACAACGUGAAGCACCGCUCGGACAUCACACGUAUGGAGGUUCUAAAGGAGUAUGGCGGCGUGUACGUGGACUGGGACGUGUUUGCCAUGAAGCCUUUCCACCCUCUCCGGCGGUUUGACUUCGUCAUGGGGUGUGCACGGCGGUCUGUCAAUACGGUGUCGAAAUCGGGGCCCAUCAUCGACCACCGUGGCGAGAUAGCCGGUCUGAACAACGGCCUCAUCCUAUCCAAGAAGGAUGCUCCGUUCUUAAAGGUGUGGUGGGAGAACUACAAGCACUUUGACGACAACAAGUGGAACUUCCACUCCGUCAUGGAACCGUUCCGUCUGGCCUUCAAACACCCGAACCUGAUACUGAUGGAGUUCAACACGCUAUCCCGACGAGGGUAG